AUGUCUCUUCCAACCCCCUAUGCCCCCAACGCCACCCACACCGUACCUGCCCGCUCAUCUGUGGCCGUCCCUCUGUCUGCCUCGCAGAAGCUGACCGUAACAAACACCCAUGGCACCCAGGUGAUCGACUUUUGGGCGUUCGAAGUCCCUCCUGGCGCACCAUCGAGUCCCGCUGCUACCAAACAGGAGUUGACGACCUACCUGUCCAUGUCACACACGCGGGCCUCGCUGCUCAGCCUGAGCCCCAUUGCGCCGUGCACGCUGUCGACGAACCAGCGCACCCCAAUCCUCAAGUUCAUCAGUGACAGCUCGGGCUGUAUCCACGACACCCUGAUUCCGGCGUGCGACAUCCACCGGUACCACCAGCUGGGUGUUGCCCAAGAUCAAUACCACGCCAAUUGCUCCGACAAUCUACGCAUGGCCCUGUCUCGCGACACCCCGGGCUACACCCUCCCGGCGCCGUUCAAGACGCCGACAUCGACCGUGCCAGACCCGCUGAACCUGUUCAUGAACAUCCCCGUCUCGCCUCUUCCCCAGCCGCUGCAUGAGAGCAACAGUUCCGCCGGCGGGGCCUUGAGUUUCCAGCCGACGGUAUGCGAGCAGGGAGGCCAAGUCGCAUUCGAAGCGCUGGUCGAUUGCAUUGUCGUCAUGAGUUGUUGUCCGCAGGAUCUGGUGCCGGAGGUCAACGGAGGGGUGAUAAAUGACUGUCAUUUCGUUGUAGAGGGCUAG